GCUGAGGUAAAUAUCUGGUAUUAUGACUUCGACGUGCCAGUUGGCUGGAAGUUGAGACGAUGGAGUCAGCAAGUUUUAAAGUGAGUAGUUACAGUUUUAAAUCGUUUCUGAUGACCUUCCAUCCCUUAGGAAAAGCUGUUUGAAUUCAGGGGUCCACGCAACACGUAAAUAUAACUGACUGGUUCCCGGAUCUCUAAUUAAAGAGAUGCUGUAGCCAGACGUGACUUAAAGUGUAAGCUAAAACAAAACUGAAUGCAGGGCUGGCACUACGGCAAAGGGCGGAUUUAUUAUAGGCCAAUACUUCGGCUAACAAAAUUAGCCUUCCUCAAGGCCAGAGCUAUACCGACAGAAAAACAAAAUUAGACUUCCUCAGGGCCAGAGCCAUAACCGAGAGAAAAUAUCAAAUUCUCUCGGUAUAGCUCUGGCCCUGAGGAAGGCUAAUUUUGUUAUCCGAAAUAUUGGCCUAUAAUAAGUCAGCCCUUUGCCGUAGUGCCAGCCCUCCAUUCAGUUUUGCUUCCAUUCCUUGUUUCUAUUAUGUUUUGAACAAGUUGAUUUAAGUCCAAAGAGCGAUUCUAAAGACAGGGGCACUUAGGGUCAAUUAUCGGAAAUAUCUGUUCCGAAGACGCUUUGGAACAUUUGUUGUAAAAUUUAUUGCUUGCCUGCCUCUCCUGUGAUUUUCGAACAUCUAAAAUUAACCGGUAUAAUUGCCCAUUUUUAACGGAUUUCUACCCUAAAAAGGUCGCCUAGAAUCUUCUGGAGCCUUUUUUGUGGCUGAAAUUUUCGAAAAGGUAAGUUUGGAUCCCUGUAACUUUCGGAUCACUACACAUUCAGCUAGGAAAUCCGAACAGAUGAAAAAUUUUCAGGGGAUAAAAAUAUGUUUAAGUGGUUUUGAUCUAUAUUCUCUUUGGGUGCCUAUGACAGACAUACAAAUUUAAAGCAUUCUUUAAACACUAAUAAGGAAGUGUUCUUUUGCUUUCAUCUGUUAGGGGAACCUGAUAAACACCGUUUCAGCACAAAAGGAUGAAAUGACAGUCAACUUCCGUUUAAGAUGAAAUAACAAAUAUCUAGUUCUGAGUCUUCCACUUGUAUAUUGGUUCGAAGUUGAGUCCACGAUGGCGUUAGCAAGUGUUAAAGUAAGUAGUUGCAGUGUUUAAUCGUUACUGAUUCCAAGUUUCUGUUAUGUUUAAAUAAGCUGCGUAUAAAAUAGAUCUUUGGACUUAAAUGGAGGUUCUCUAAAGAUUUCUCAUUACAAAAAACGAAAUGUCAAAGACCCAUAGACACAAUCUUGUCAUAACAAAAUAUGAAGUAAACAAUUAUAACUCGGUAGGAAGUUAUAUUGUCUACAAAUCAUAGCAACUUGUGAGGAAAACUAAGAGCUGAAGGAUUGAUGCAAUGAUAGCAAAGGAUCAAACCCUUAUUAUUAACAUAAAGCCCAAACAACCGAUAAAUGACUAAAAGUUGCUUGAGACAUUGGUUACCAAUUAAAUGUUAACUAUGCCUCGUCUAUAUUGUUUAGAAAUGAUUUAUCGACAAACAUAAUCGGCAAACAUAAUCCUAAUUCUACAUCCUUGUUUACUCUGCCAGGUCCAACUGUUGUCGUUCACGAUGAUAUGGAUGAUGUUAUGUAUUAAUAAUAUUCAAUGUAAGUACAGCACAGGCCAAUUGCCAGGACAAUUUCAGUAGUAGGGGAGGCACCGGUUACGCCGGUUCUUUGCGGGGGAAUUCCAUUAACUUUCGGGGGAAUACAUUAACGCCGGUGACGUCAUACAUAUCAUUAAGAUAGGAUGAUGUCAUAGUGUAAAUUAAUGACCAUGACGUCAUGCAUUACAUUAAGAUAAGAUGAUGUCAUAGUCUAUUUUCAGCUGGCAAGUAGCAAGUGACGUCAGAAUAUCCUAGGGGUUGACGUCAUCAAAAAAUGUUGACACCAUAAUAUAUAAACAGAAAAGUGAUUUUUAUACAAUUAGCUAUUUGCUAUAGUCUUCUGAUUAGAUAUUGUUUGCUAUAGUCUUCUGAUUGGAUAUUGUAGAAACUGUUAUGUGUUCAAAAUAAAAGCGGGCAAAUUUUGAACGUGUUAUCUUUGCAGAUUAUACUAAAUGAAAAAUCUUUAAUCAUUAAAUUAUUUUCACUAAAAAUCGGUUAUAAACAAAACCAAGACACGGAGGUUAACUAAAAAAUCUUUACUGCAAAAGAAGGGAAAAGGAGGUUAAGCGAAUGCGAAAUCGUACUAAUUUUUCAGGCAAAACAUGAAAACGAGGUCGAAGCUCAGCGAAGCGAAAAACUGCCUAUCAAGCAAAAAGGUCAAUCUUUGUUUACGUGACUCUGUAGAAAGUAUUGCACAGGGUAUGAAAAUUCUAUAGAAAACAACAGGUGGUUCUACAGUAAACCCUAGCUCUUUUGGUUCUUAAAUCAACUCCAUUCUUGUUCCUAAUGAGUGGAAAGUUUAUUUAUAAAAAUAGGAAUGAGAGAUGCGAUCCCCUAGCAACACAUGUCUUCUUAUUUAGCGCUAAAAAUCGGAUAUAUAACAAAACACAUACACACAUACAAAAAGUGGAGCUGAAAACUCUCUAUUUCAAUUUUGACUCACCAUUACGAAAGCGUUUUAUCCGUUCCAUCUCGAGGAAACGACUAACUAUUGAAAUCUCAGCGCUUGAUGAGCUUGUGGUUUUGUCAAUUUACGCGCCAUUAGCGUUAGUUAAUUAUGCGGGCUGACAAACCUAAAGUUGAAUACAAAUUAGUUCAUCUCUACAGCUAGACCCAAGGGAGCACCUUGACUUAUUAUUGUAAAAGCACAAACAAUUGAUAACUUAACAAGGAUCAAUUUAAGCACGCGACAAAUAAAUUGACAAGACACGAGAUACAGUUUUAAAAACUUUAUUGAAAACCAGUGACAAAAAGAGUCAAAUAAACAGCGAUUUGGAAGGGAUGGAAAUUAAUCGUCUUCUUCGCCCAUGGAGUACUUGUAAAGUCUAACUCGAAAUUUCUUAUGCCGACGUUUCUUCAGCUGUUUGCCAUGAGAUUUAUGAUCAUCCAAAUAAUUUAGAAAUUGAAUCCGACGCCUCUUGCGCUUCGGGCCUUGUGGUGAUGGGGCUUCUACUGUGGGAGGAGGGGUCAGGAAAGCAGGAUUUAAGGGUGGUGGAGGGGUGAGGCUUUCUUUGUCAGGUUUUUGAGAGAUAGCCGCUUGUGUUAAUUCAGGUGUUACAUUAACGGGGUUGAGGGGAGUCGAGAAUGCUGUCGUUGCUGUCGAAGAAUCUUGUGUCCUUGAUGUUAAGUCGGGAACAGUGCUGAUUAUUUCUUCCGGUCGUGUUCUUGUAUUUAAUUGUUCUUUAAAAGCCAGGUAUCUGUUUUGCAACUGAAAGUAUCGUUUAGCUUUUUCAUCGUCCCGAAGAUGGUUUCGAGAAAGCACGUCAUCCAUGUUGCCCUGUAUUUCUUACAUAGCUGGAAGAAGUGGGACAGGUGAAAGAGUUUGCUGCUUUAGAUAUUUUAAAAGCUCUUGAGGGAUAUUUUCUUGAAACCCUGCUUGGUUAAAACCUUCUUCACUCGGCAGGACGUUUGUUCGCAGUCGACAAUUAUCUUGGGUAGUAGUUUUCAGAUCAAUCAGCAGGUAACCAAAAGGUCUUUUUAUAGCCUCCUCGUACUGAUUUAAAAAGAAAUCAGUUUGCCCGGGAUACAUUUGCUUGGCAAGAGUCAAGAUUUGCAAUUUGUCUCGUGGGUUCUUGAAUAACACCAAAUAAUGGCUGUUUAGGCUUAUGCUGCGACUACCUUUCCCCUGGUGAAAUAGAUUCUGCACAAUAUAAAUCACGCUUAGAUUGCGAUGAUGAGAACCACGAGUAAAGAGGUUCACAAUUCGCUUGUCUUUACUGGCGUCAAUCAUCUGAUCAUCAAACACGAUCAAAUUCCGUUUGUUCACGUCAAUAUAGGAAUCCUGCUCCAAAGCCCUAGGAAUUCCUUUGACGAAUUCAAUGUUUGGCAUGGCGAUUAACAUUUGUCUAUAGGCAGGCUGCCAUUGUGAAUAACACCAAACGAUCCUCUCCGGGGGGGGUAAAUGGUCUCUGAAGCUUGUUGCAAUAGCGAUCGAACCCAGGCCGUUUUUCCCGACCCGGCAAUCAUGGAGGUGAAAGGGUGCUCGAAGCGAAACCGCUGACACUUCUUUGAAAAUAUUGGAACUGUUUGAAAUGGGGCGAGACCAGCAUUGCGGUGUUUAGACAUCACGUGCCUUUGCAUAUUAUCUUUUCUACUAAAGGACUUUUCGCAGACAAAACAGAGCCAACUAAUGUUAACUCCUCAGGAGCAAAAUGGAGACUGAAAAAAGAGGUAGAAUGUUGCGCAUUUAUAUAGGUUUUCAGGCCACAAAAUUCUAUUGUUCUCCUCCCCUAAAACCACCACUACCACCACCAUCACAUUUCUAUUGCUUUUUCUCCUCCUCCUCCCCCUCCUCAUUUCUAUUGCUUUUCCUCCUCCUCCUCAUUUCCAUUGUUUUUCCUCCUCCUCCUCCUCAUUUCUAUUGCUUUUCCUCCUCCUCAUUUCUAUUGCUUUUCUUCCUCCUCCUCAUUUCUAUUGCUUUUCCUCCUCCUCCUCAUUUCUAUUGCUUUUCCUCCUCCUCCUCAUUUCUAUCGCUUUUCCCCCUCCUCCUCAUUUCUAUUGCUUUUCCACCUCCUCCUCCUCCUCAUUCUAUUGUUUUCCCUCCACCACCACCACCGCCAUCACAUUUCCAUUGUUUUUCUCCACGACGGUCAAUAAAAGACUGCAAACUACUAUCAUAAGUUCAGUUUGUCGCAAUGUCUCAAGUUGUCAGGAACAAUCGUGGUUUUCUUCAAUUCUUAGCUGUUUGUCCAGCUCAUCAGCGGCAGUUUCUUUUACGGACAGCCAGUCCAAAGCAAUUACAUGCAUUAGUCCAAGUCUUAUACAAUAUACUUAAGGAAUACAUUCGUAUCCCCGAAGAAAAUAAGCGGAACGUGUUGCCAUGUAAGGAUGCUCUAGUAAACCUAGCAGAAACAAAUGUACCUUACAAAACAAAGAAGCGAAUCCUUGUACAAGAGGGUGAUGGUUUUAUUCAAGACCUAUUGGUACCUGCUGUUACAAGCCUAGGAUUUUUGAUGCUAUAAAAGAGGAAACGAAACUAUAAGUUACUCAUUUGAAGCAACGGUCUGUCACGGGUACUCAUCAAAAUGAAGAGAAAGAUAGAUUUGGUUGAAGAAGAACACGAGAGUGAACAUGAAGAAAGUGAAAGUUUUGGCGAUGAAAGCGAGGAUGAAGAACCAAGAAUAAAAGAAGAACCAAGAAUAAAAGAUGUUUUGAGUCAUCUUUCCCGAGCAGCGUCGGAAAAGGGUGCUUCUGAUUUGCUGCAUAGUAUGGCCACCUCCAAAGAUAUUCUUUUCUGGACUCCCAGCUGACAAUUACUUCGAAAUAAACGCACUAUUCCCGUCACAAACAUCGCCGAGUUAGUUGAGUAUGUGUUACUCCCUCAUAACAAUGAGGUUACCAAGCCUCGUGCGCUAAAUACGUUUCUAGAUGGACUUGCAGAGUUAGGAAUCGAUAAAGGUUUAAUCAAAAACAAAAAGUUGUUAAGUGAUUUAAUAGAAAAGGAAAAAGGCUAUCGAAAUGUAGAAAAUAGUUCCGAUAAUGAGAGUAAUAAUGAGGAGAGUUCAUCGGAUAUUGAAAAUCAGGAGGAGGAGGAGGAAGUGGCUUCUGAGAAUGGCGUUGAAACUGAAGGCACCCAAGAGAGCGACAACGACACUGAAAACGACAGUCAGGAAACAGAAAGUAGUAGCCCUGAAACGUCCACCACCUUUCACUCUAAAAGUCCCUGUGAACGUUGCGAAAACUCUAAUGUGUACUCCACAUUGAUCAUGAAAUGUCCUAAAUGCUUUUGGCACGAUAACUACAAGAUUUGUCCUAUAUGCAAUCACCAGAUCCCCGAGGGGAGAAAAUACAUCAAAGAGGGCUUUCUUCGGUGUCACGUUUGUGGAUUAAUUACACACAAAAACGCCAAGACGUUGGAAACCAAUUUUUAUUCACCUUCUAAAGAGGAGAACGAAGAAGAGGUCUAAUUUCCAUCCCUUCCAAAUCGCUGUUUAUUUGACUCUUUUUGUCACUGGUUUUCAAUAAAGUUUUUAAAACUGUAUCUCGUGUCUUGUCAAUUUAUUUGUCGCGUGUUUAAAUUGAUCCUUGUUAAGUUAUCAAUUGUUUGUGCUUUUACAAUAAUAAGUCAAGGUGCUCCCUUGGGUCUAGCUGUAGAGAUGAACUAAUUUGUAUUCAACUUUAGGUUUGUUAGCCCGCAUAAUUAACUGACUAACGCUAACGGCGCGUAAAUUCACAAAACCACACUUGUUAAGUUAUCAAUUGUUUGUGCUUUUACAAUAAUAAGUCAAGGUGCUCCCUUGGGUCUAGCUGUAGAGAUGAACUAAUUUGUAUUCAACUUUAGGCUUGUUAGCCCGCAUAAUUAACUGACUAACGCUAACGGCGCGUAAAUUGACAAAACCACAAGCUCAUCAAGCGCUGAGAUUUCAAUAGUUAGUCGUUUCCUCGAGAUGGAACGGAUAAAACGCUUUCGUAAUGGUGAGUCAAAAUUGAAAUAGAGAGUUUUCAGCUCCACUUUUUGUAUGUGUGUAUGUGUUUUGUUAUAUAUCCGAUUUUUAGCGCUAAAUAAGAAGACAUGUGUUGCUAGGGGAUCGCAUCUCUCAUUCCUAUUUUUAUAAAUAAACUUUCCACUCAUUAGGAACAAGAAUGGAGUUGAUUUAAGAACCAAAAGAGCUAGGGUUUACUGUAGAACCACCUGUUGUUUUCUAUAGAAUUUUUAUACCCUGUGCAAUACUUUCUACAGAGUCACGUAAACAAAGAUUGACCUUUUUGCUUGAUAGGCAGUUUUUCGCUUCGCUGAGCUUCGACCUCGUUUUCAUGUUUUGCCUGAAAAAUUAGUACGAUUUCGCAUUCGCUUAACCUCCUUUUCCCUUCUUUUGCAGUAAAGAUUUUUUAGUUAACCUCCGUGUCUUGGUUUUGUUUAUAACCGAUUUUUAGUGAAAAUAAUUUAAUGAUUAAAGAUUUUUCAUUUAGUAUAAUCUGCAAAGAUAACACGUUCAAAAUUUGCCCGCUUUUAUUUUGAACACAUAACAGUUUCUACAAUAUCCAAUCAGAAGACUAUAGCAAACAAUAUCUAAUCAGAAGACUAUAGCAAAUAGCUAAUUGUAUAAAAAUCACUUUUCUGUUUAUAGAUUAUGAUGUCAACAUUUUUUGAUGACGUCAACCCCUAGGGUAUUCUGACGUCACUUGCUCCUUGCCAGCUGAAAAUAGACUAUGACAUCAUCCUAUCUUAAUGUAAUGCAUGACGUCAUGGUCAUUAAUUUACACUAUGACAUCAUCCUAUCUUAAUGAUAUGUAUGACGUCACCUGCGUUAAUGUAUUCCCCCGAAAGUUUAAUGGAAUUCCCCCGCAAAGAACCGGCGUAACCGGUGCCUCCCCUACUACUAAUUUCAGUCAAACACGCAUUAUUCUGAAAUGCUAUAGACAACUUGACUUGCCGUAGGCAGGCCGAGUUUAUUUAAUACCUUCGAUUUUCUCUCCGGGGGGUGUAUCCCUAGCAAUUCGUGGUAGGCAUUUUUCGACUCAUUCUCUUAAUCCUAACUGUAGACUGUAAUUUCACAUGAAUAUCUGUAAGGGACGGACCAUUAGAAACGUUUUGGGGGGGGGGGGGGGGGGAAUUUUCGGGCCGCAGGAAUUUUUUUUUGUUAUCAAGUUCCUUGUAUGAAUUUUUUUAGGCCAAAGCAUGAAUAUUUUUUAGGAUUAAUUGGCGUCUAUGAAUUUUUUUCAUUUAAUUUUCCCUUGCACGAAUAUUUUUUUUGUACUUCGCCCCCCCUAUAAGUUUUCUAAUGGUCCGUCCCUAGGGCAAAUGUGAGCAAGUACCUACCAGAACUUUUGCAUAUUUCUUUGUUCAGUAAACAGCCUCUAUCAAUGAUUCAUUGAACUAUCCGGGGUCGUAUUCCUGGGAAUUGCUAGUGGAGUGUAUUGCUCCGUUUGCCAAAUCUUUACUCCAGAUUUGGUAUCAGAUCAGUACCUCUAAGACAAAUAUCUAAACACGAUCAAUUAUCAAUUUGGUAACUUUUAAGCAUGUUAAGCGAUAGCCUCUCACGCAGGCGUUUUUAGGGGAGCUCGUUUUUCAUCCCUCCCCAUCCUUGUGGGGAGGGAUGGAAAACGAGCUCCCCUAAAAACGCCUGCGUGAGAGGCUAGUUAAGCGAAGGCAGCCAUUCAAUGAAGAUGUGUUUGAGGCUGGCUCACUCUGCUUUUGCAUCGCCUCCUUCAAAAGAUGAUACGAUGAGUACCUUUUGUGGCAUUUCUCCACUUUUUGUUGAAGUUCAAACCUUUUGAUGAGUUUUUCCCUUCCAAAACGUCGUUGCAAAUUUCUGUGUGUAGCUAGAGUGUGUGUGUGUGUGUGCGGUGUACGUCCAUUGAAUAAAGACGUCUCUCAAGCUAUCAUUGCACUUUUUCCAGUGCCUUUUUCAGUGCCUAAAAAAUGCUGAUGUCAAAACAUCAUUUCUUUUUAAGGGAUACGAAUAGAGGGAAUAGAAGGUUUUUGGUCAAAUUUGACAAUAAUUUAUCUUACAUGUAUUUCUGAGCUCACAUAAUUGUUUUUACCAGUUUUCUAAAAACAGUAGUAUAAUGGCUAUUUCUUUUUAAAGGUUUACUUUGCCGUACACCACCAGGCGUGCCCAAUGGACAGGCUCGAUACAGGUCCACCCGCCCAGGUGACAUUGUUACUUAUGCGUGUUACCAAGGUUACACUUUGUCUGGUGCAGCACAGAGAACUUGCCAAGCGAAUGGAAAGUGGGAUGGAGUGGCACCCGACUGUGGUGAGCUAACGUUGAAAAAUGUUAAAUUCUUAUAUACUCAUUAGUAAGGAGUUAGAGGAGACUACUUCUGUUCAAAGGCAAAGAUAGUAAUGUGUUAACUGCCGUUAAUAUCAAAUCCACCAAUCCUUUCCGCUUUGCCCAUCAGCGCUGUAUAAGGCAUCUGGUUUACCUACCAGCUGAGUUGGUAGUGUGUGUAUCAGUGCUGAAAUUGGUUUUAAAUGACUCAGAGCUGGUGCAUUACUUUAUUCAUUCAGUUUUUAGCUAAACUGUCCUCUUUUUUUCAGUGAGAACAUGCCGCUUACCAAUGAUUCCGAGUUCUAUGUAUAUCGCUAGACCGUCAAACUAUAACCGUACGUACCUGACUGGAGAGGUAAUCACUUUAGCUUGCAAAAAAGGCUUCCAGGAGCAAGCAGGUGGUAAUCCUGUUAGAGUCUGCAUCCAUGGGAGAUGGACACAAUUCCCAUUUAAGUGCAAAGGUAUUCAUUAACUGUUUUAAAAUUGAACUUCUCAAAAAAAGUAUACUCGGCAUAUUACUUGUUUCUUUCGGUCAUAAGCAAGGAACUAACUAGUCCUGUUGGAGUUCUUUUGUAACAUAACCACAAUAAAAUUAGAAAUAUAUAUUUUUUUAGUAAAACACUGCUUUGUGGAACUAGUGCGAAAGUAAAGUAAAGUAUAGUAAAGUAAAGUACUUAUUCUUUCUGUUAUGGGCUCCAUACAAAUCUAAAAACAAGUCUUAGUUCUAAUAACCACAUUGACACGAAAUAACUCAUACAAAACUACAGUUUUCAUUAUCCGAAUAAAGACUAUUUCUUGGCUCAUUAUGAACUUAAGUUAAAGUCUUUGAAGUGAAAACUUGUUAUUUGUGUAUAGAGAAAAUAACUUGCGGCUUCACAACUGUAAAUUCAAGGCUCCGGAUAGUUGGAGGAAAAAGAUCUAAGAGAGGUAGAUGGCCAUGGCAGAUUGGACUCUACGGAAACAGCAAAGGAGGUACACAAUUCCUUGUCGUGAUAUCUUAAUCUUAAUGUACCGGGCAAAAAGUUACAAAAACAAACAAGCAAACACACAAAUAAGCAAGUAGGAAAAGCGACAAAAGCAUGUUUUUCGUCGUGCGUUGUGCUAUUUUUUCUUCGUUUCGAAGAAUGUACAAUAACUUUGUAACGUUUACUCCUCUACAAAACCUAGCAAAAAGAAAACAAUAUAUACAUCAUAUAUAUCGGAACUGUAGCUUUUUAUCAUUUGUUUACCGUAGUAAAUCUUGUAAUCAUUUCCAUUAGGGAUCAUAUUUCUCUGCGGAGGUGCUCUUAUCUCCCGUCAAUGGGUCUUGACCGCUGCGCAUUGUUUCUAUGGAAAAGGUGUAUUUUACGGAAAUGCAAGUUGGUAAGCUACAACAGCAGUUUUUUUAUAUAUAUAUAUUAGUCAACGUUUUCACGUUGUUUUAUACUCUGAUGUGUUUUAAGAUGCCAUUUAAUUUUAUUUACACAAGAAUACAACACGAUAAUUCGUUGUACAAUAAUCACAUUAAGUGAUUUUGGUUAAUUACGCGUCGUCAUAUGAGACGACAUGGGAGCUUAUCUGAAGGCUCGUUGCAUGAAUCGGUAAGUCAUAAGCUUAAUGCGAAGGGCAAGCAGGUUACCCAGCCAUAAGCUCAAUUCGUUAUUAUGCCCAAAUCUAUGGCUCAUGCAGAACCUACUGACGCUAUCAGACGUUCAUCGCACGUAAGGAAAUCGACGAGGAGGCUUUCCUGUACGACUUUGGCCUCCCUUCCAGCGACAAUACAGAACAGAAACACCAAAAAGGGGAAAGUAAACACGCGGACACACCGCUAAAACCCACAGCGGCUAUCCUGAAAUCCAGUAGAGAUCAGCUCUUUGACGAUCCUGGCCUGUUAGCACAGAAAAUAACUCUUUUCCAGGUUGAGCAAGAGAAUUUGGCCCUGGAGUUGGAGCUUCUUUGCCUGAAGCAAUCACAGCCAUCGACUACACCCAAAACGCAGAGUGCCAACCUCGGUACAUCUGCCUCUGCUUCUGUCGCUCGGAAGAAACGCCACGUCGACUGACCGCAGCAUUUCUGCUCAGGUACGUCUACCACUGUAGAUUACGACAAACUUGAUCUAGCCCGAUUUGUCGCUGGGUAUCUUGCCAUGAUAAAAACAUACGAGCCGGAGACAUUUAAGUUCGCGCUCAGCCAGAUCGAGCUUCUCAUGCCCAAGGGCAUCAGUUUCACUUGGAGCAGUGUACGUUCCUUUCGCGCUAACGUUAAAAAACAAGUAGAGCUGUAUCGCCUGGAAUGGAACGAUGCAGCGGAUAUUUGCGACCGGGCAAGCACCUUCUUUUAACACUCGGACUUACGUCCUCCCCCCACCCCACCUGUCGCGCGACCUCCUCGUCGGCUCCUUCAAUGCGCGCGAAGCGGAACUCAACUCAAGAAUAUCGGGGUUGUCGGCAACGGAAUUACACGGGCUCUUGCAGUUGCGAUAAGGAAAAAGACACUUAUUCUAAGCGACACAGAUGUCGUGUCUGUACACAAGACCAUCCUAUGCUUCAUUGUGCGAAGAGUAGAAAUCCUAUUUCGUCAAUGUUUUGACACAGUGUUUCCAUGCCACACCCCUCUUGCUCGGAACUGACCUCCGACCUCCCAAUAAAAUUACGGACACUCCCGCUUGCAUGCCUUCAUUAAUUUUUCAUUCACUUCCUCGUCCGGCUUCGAGCUCUACUACAUCGGCUGUCAUUUGCCAUGGCCUUGCUUCACGGUCGGAUCAAAACAAUGCUUUCGGGGAGAGAAUUCUGUUCCAACAGCAUUAAACAUUUACAUGUGGAAUCAUCUUUUGCUUGAUUAUGAUGAUAAAAUCGUAGUAAAAUUUUUCAACUACGGUUGGCCGAUUAAUUAUAAGUCUCAUCAGUUGCAGCAAUCUACCCAACACAAUCUUCCUUCAGCCUUGGCGUUUUCAGAUCAUGUACGCGCGUACAUCAAAGCUGAGUUGUCUUUCACCACUAUUGCCGGUCCUUUUCAAAAGAAUCCGCUGCACCAACACCUGAUUUGCUCCCCACUACAAACUGUUCCUAAACGCGGUUCUACCAAACGCCAGGUGGUUAUGGAUUUGAGUUAUCCUCCCUCUUUUUCUGUGAACAGCGGUAUUUCAUUGUCUGCGUAUCUUGAUUCUCCUUUUAAACUCCGUCUUCCCGAAAUUGACAGAUUGCGCGAGUUCAUUUUAUCAAAAGGGCGUGGUUGUCAUGUUUCAAAAGAUAUCUCUAACGCGCUUAUCGCCAAUUCCCAAUCGAUCCCAAAGGCUAUCACUUACUGGGUUUUAUUUUUUACAAUCAACGGUAUUGUGACACACGAUGUCCCUUUGGGUUGAGAACCUCAGCGAUGAUUUGUCAAUGAACGACUAAGACCGUCAUUCCCAUUUUAACGCAGUCCGGUUUUUCUGCGGACGUUUAUUUAGACGAUUUUUAUGGCGCCGAAAUUCCAGCGCUGGUUGAAACAGCGUUUGCGGCUUUGCAGUCUCUUUUUUUGAUUCCUUAGGCUUGGCCUCUUCUCCGGAAAAAGAUUUCCCAUCCGCUGCUAAAAAGGUUUCCUUAGGUAUUCACGUUAACACCGACGAUUGGACUUUGAGUGUUCCUGAUUUCCACCUUCUCGACUUAUCGGACGAAUUACAUCUGUGGUUAUCACGCAAACAUUUCACUAUCAAGGAACUGCAGUCCAUACUAGGCAAACUUUCAUUUCGUUCCCGUCCAUUCUAGUCGCAUUUUUCUUUCGCUCCUUCUGGAUGCCUUGCGGAGCUUCCCUUAGUUCGAGUGCCUACGUUAAACAUCAGCCCGUCAAACCAGAAAUGCGCCAGGAUCUAGCAUGAUGGCACAUUUUUCUUCCCUAUUAUAACGGGUUCUCCGAAAUAAGGCCUCCGGACUGGCUUUUUACGAACUUGCGUUCUACCGCUAUGGUUCGUGGUGGUGCACCUUGCAGAUAGCAGUGCCUCACACAGUUUUCAAUCCCGGAUUUUGUUCUUUCUUUCGCAUGUCACAUUUCAGCUUCUGAACUCUUCACGGUCGUUGUUGCUGUGAAGUUCUGGGCUCCUUUUUUGCAAGACCAGCGGCCCUUUCUCAGCGCCUGUGACAACGAGGCGCCGUUAUCGCGGUCAAUUCAGGGUCCACCAAGGAUCGUCUCAUGCAACGGUGUUUGCAACAAUUGUGGUUAAUUUCAGCACUUCACGAUUUUGAACUGCACGCUCGGCACAUUCCCGGCGAUCACAACUUGUUUGCAGAUGCCUUAAGCCGCUGGCACAUCUUCUCUUACCAAGCCAAGAUUCUCGAACUUUCUACCGAGCUUGGGAUCAGUUAUUCCUUUCAACAGCUACCCAGAUACUUCACUUAUUUUGAUGUUGAUUGACACUCUACUUUCACUCGUUCCUUUCUUUAGGGUCUCAUGCCUAUGUUCCUUUUUUAGAUGUCUUUACGCAGCGUCUUCUCCAUCACGCCUUUGCUGAAUCUACUCAUUGGAAUAUUAAGUCCUACGUUAACUUGUAUAUUAGGUUUUAUAAUUCAGUCACUUGUUCUCCCUUCCCUGUUGAAGUCGUUUUUGUAAUACGUUGUGUAGCUCAUCUUACUCUCUCUGGGAGAACCUUUGGAACUAUUGUUAAUCAUUUGAGUAGCAUCAAACACGUUAAUCAGCCUUUAGGCUUCGAUAGGGUCUGAGAUACAGUAAUCGUUAUCGCUUCAAUUUAGUUUUACGGGGUCGGGUGGGGGGCACGCUUCGCAUUAGGGCUUCAAAAACUCUUCAAUUUCAACAACGUUCUUUGACAAUCCCAUUGCCUGGCAUUCCUGGUUCUCCCUUAUACCCCGUCGCGGCCUUACAGUCACAUUUGCGUUUCAGUUCCGUCCGUGCUCACUCUCCCCUAUUCUCAGUUAUUUUUCCCAAAUGUCAGCGUUUAUUUCCUAUCACGUAUCGUCAUUUUGUUCUUUUCUUUCUACAACCACCAGCGCGAUAGGUUUGGUUACGGCACAUUAUUCUCCACACAGUUUUCGCCGUGGUGGUGCUAGUUUUGCCUUCAAGUGCAACGUUCUUGCGCAACUCAUUCAUAGGCAAGGGGAUUGGCAAAGCGAUGCUCAUUUAACGUAUCUCAAUAUGUUUCUAGAGCAAAAGCAGCUCGCGGUCACUUCUAUGGCAGAUUAUAUUCUUAGGUUAUCUUCCGUUUGACAUUUCGUUGUCAAUUCAUAUCUCACAAUGGCAUCAUAGUAUUAUACUUUUUUCUUCCUCCUAUUACUCCUACAAUCACGCUUUUUCAAAGUACACAACCACGGUUUGGGCUUUUGGCGGGAGUCUAUCGAUUCACUUACCGGCGUCAUUCGCUACUCAGCGUUCUUGUUGUCAAAUCUGACUCAAUAAACUUGCUGCCCAAAACAUUUGUUGUGUUGUCUUUGAGAACGUGUAAUUGUAUAAUAAUUACAUUAAGUGAUUUUUGUUAAUUACGCGUCGUCAUAUGUGACGUCAUGGAAGUUUAUCUGAAGGCUCGUUGCAUGAAUUGGUCAGUCAUAAGCUCAAUUUGAAGGGCAAGCACGUUCCCCAGCCCUCCCUUCCGAGGGAGUCUGUUGAUUCAGUUGUGACGUCAUUGUUACUCAGUGUACUUGUUGUCGAAUCUGACUCAAUAAACUUGUUGCACAAACCUCUUGUUCUGUGGUCUUUGAGAAAGCGUAAUUUCAUCAGCAAGUACUCAAUCUAUAAGAUUUGUAAAAAAUCUUCUGAUUUCAAGUCUUUGAUUAAAUUUUGAGGUAUAGCGGCUUUUAAAUAGAGUCUUACGUUCUACCUCUGCAAACUGACUUUUACUAUCUUUCAACUCAUUUUCUAGGUACCUAGUUAAGGUUGGUGAUCAUAACAGGAGAAGAAAUGAAAUCUCGCAACAAGACGUAAUACCCGAAAAAAUAUUUAUUCAUCAACAAUACAAGCAUUUUUCCUCUGUAGACGCUGAUAUAGCUCUCGUCAAACUUCAAACACAGGUUAAACUUACUGCAUUUGUUCGAACAGUGUGCUUACCAGAAAAGCACGAAGGUGAUUUGGCAAUCCCUGGGACGAAUGGGUUCGUGGCAGGAUGGGGAGUAACACGUGCUUUACAACAUGGAGAAUUUGCCAAGCCCAACGACACAUCCAAUGUUCUUCGUCACGCAGUUUUCAAAGUCCAAGGCAAUAAUAUUUGCUUGAAAAAAUCAUCAAUCACUUACAACUCAACCUUGGCAUUUUGUGCUGGAGAUGGCGGAAGAGGUGUAAGGGAUUCUUGUAAGGGAGACAGUGGAGGGGCUUUUGUUCGUAAAGUAAGAAGAAGGCCGAAUUUGCACUGGGUGGCUGUUGGAAUAGUCAGCUGGGGGGAGGGGUGCGCACAGAAAAACAAGUAUGGUUACUACACUAGAUUGUAUCCAUUCAUAGACUGGAUAAAAAAGACAAUGGAUAACCGUAAGUUUCACAAUAUACUGUCUUUUAUUUUUUUCAAAAAGGAGCAACUUAAAAUAAGGCAAGUUCAGACACUUACCAUAAUGAAGAAGAGGAAAAGUUGUUGAAGGCAUCCUGCAAAGUAAAGCCGUAAGGUUUUGAUGUAAUGAACUCUAAAUUGAAAAAUGGAAAUUAUAUUUUUCUUUGGUGACGUCCAAAUCAACGUUUCCGAUGAUAAUCAGCGCCCUUAAAUGGAUAGAACAAAAAGCAACCGGUCGCAAACCUUUGAUUCUCCCUUACAAAUAAUCAUAUAACGGUGACAAAUUGACGUAACAAAUCUCAGUUGAUAAAACGAAGCUAAAAUCUGAUUACAGUCAACUACUUCAAUUUGUUUUUAAGUUUUAUGUACAGUCGUAUUAAUUUCAGGUCGAGCCAUGAGCGUCGUGAGAUUUUUUUUCCGACGACAAUUUCGAAAACGACCUCCUUGCGACCGCCACAACUUUUUGGGGUGACGGUUUUAUGAUCUUCCAUUGUUUUUAACCUACAUUAAGCAAGCGUUAGACGCAUGGUUCACCUUUGUGUUAGCUGUACAGAAUGUGUUAUAAAAGCUCUCUUUUCAGGACUUAAUUGAAGUUAGUAUGUUUUGGAGACGCUCAUUUCAGCAUUGUUUUCUACCAAAGCAAUUGACUGCGGAGUCCUACCAACACCCGUUAACGCUGAAAAGGUAUUAGAGACGCAUACCAGACUUGGAGGCGUGGUCAAAUUUAGAUGCAAGGACAGUAAGCACGAGAUCAGUGGCUCAGGAACAAGAAGAUGUCUAAGCAGUGGCCUGUGGAGUGGAAUUGCUACUACGUGCAAAGGCAAGCAAGUAAUCAUUUGAUUUAAUUAGUUUUUUAUACCUUCGUAAGAAAAAGAUACUGAGAGAAAAAUUCCUAAAUGAUCGGCACUGCAUACGACAGUUUGACAGCGGUGCAUAAAAGUUCUACAAAGUCUGUGAAUUAAGGUUACUCCUCAAUUUUAGACUGCGCAUCUUUGUCUUUGAUCAGUGGCAGUAAAUGCCACGGAAGUGAAUGGUAGAAUAGGUUGUAGUCGAAGUUCUCAAGAGUUUUAAGUAAAGAAUUGACUGGGAAAUACGCCGUGACACAUUUCCCACAAUAAUGGCGAAACAGCUGUCGACGGCUGAAACCCUACCUAUAUUUUUGCUGAUCAGGUGUUCUCUAGAUCCUACGUUGUGCGGCAUAUCCGUUUACGGUCCUUUACAGUUUAUGUUAAUUACCAUUAUCAUAAUCAUCAUCGUUAUCAUUAUAGUUAUAGUUAUCGUUACCUUUAUUUCCAAAGUGAUUGACUGUGGAGUGUUACCCACACCUGUCAAGGCUUCAAAAGUAUUGGAAACUCACACGAGGGUGGAUGGCAUGGUCCGAUUUAAAUGUGCGGUAAAGGGAUACGAGAUCAGUGGUUCAGAAAUAAGAAAGUGUCUCAAUACUGGCUUAUGGAGUGGGACAAAAACCAAAUGUACAAGUAAGUUAGGUAGCAAGAAAAAAAGAAAAAAAUGAUCAAUAAAUAAGUAAAUUGAACAUCUUUACUCUAAAAGAAAAAUAAAAAAGAACCACCGUAACCUAAAAGUCAAUUUACUCCCACGAAAAAACUGUUUUGCAAUCUUAUCUGAGUCUAAUUGUAUUAACUUAUAGUUAUCAGCUGUGCAGUCCCAGGAUCUCCCAUAAAUGGUAAAAAAGUCAAUGCCAAAAAUAAAUACAACUAUGGAGAUACCUUGAAAUUUGCGUGUAAUGAUAACUACACAUUGGAAGGCAACCGCCAGAUAAAAUGCGAAGAAACUAAAGACUGGAGUGGAGCUUUACCUUAUUGCCGAGGUAACAAUAUUUACAUUAUAAUUCCUGCCAUUUCCUUUCGCUGUUUUCUUUUUUGUCAGGACAUGUUUUUUCUUACUUCUCCUUUUUUUUUCUUUUUUUUAUGUUAAACGUUUUUCUAUUAAUUGGUAGGUUUUCCAAUAUGUGACUAUAAAGCUUUAAAAUAGUUUUAUAUGAAUUUCUACAUCAUUAUGUCCACUUGAUUUUGAUAUUUUCCUUUUGAUGUCGCUUAAUUUUCACGUAAAUUUAGAAUUUCUUUGGCCUAAGAAAAAUAGUUUGAGUUGGCAGAUUGAAAUUUUAUUGAAGCGCAGAUCAUACGACUUAAUAGUACGAAACCCUUUUCGUUAGGCAUUUUAUUUCGGACUUGACUGUCAAAAAUUCGGCUUUUAUCAAUUUCAAAGUUUUUGUUUAUUGUUGUCAUAGUAAUAUCGAUUUGACUUAAAACUAUAUCUUCACAAAUUUAAUUCCAUAGCCAAUGACUGGUGAAAAUUUUAUGGCGAUCGGAAAAGGGAAAACCCACUUUUAAGGCGAUUGAAAAAUAUCCGUAUGGCCUCUGAAAAACUGUACCGAAACUCCUUAACAUGAACCGAAUGUAAACGAGAAAGGAACUUCUCUGAGUAAUGUGCUUACAAUCUUCAAUCAAUCGAUCUGAUUUUUACUACACAGCCCCUUCUGCAGAUCCAGGUGUUCCUUAUCAAGGAAACAGAAUCGAUCAAGAUUUCCGUCACGGCCGAACAGUUAGAUUCACUUGUCCUACAAAUUACAUCAUGGAGGGUGUGGCAGCAAUAACAUGCACAGAAGGCAAAUGGAACAAUAAAAAGCCAAGCUGCAAGGGUACAUUAACAGACUUAUAAAGAUUCCCUUAAAAUAAAAUAACCUAUUGACGAAAUAAAUAUUCUAAUAUCAGAAUACGUCUAAGGCCUAGACCAAACUUAGAACGUUUCAUUAGACGAACUAAAAUUACUGAGUUAAACUCAUGAAAAGUUUAAUGUCUGACUCAGUUUAGUUCGUCUGAAUGCUCUUGGAUCGCCCAACCAUUCUUUUCGUCUGCUUCAGACGGAUAGAGCGUCUAAAAAUCGUCGAUCUUUCCAUGAGGCAAAAAAAUAAAUAAAUAAAUUAGACCACGAGAAAAUUUAUUACUGAUCACGCGCACUCAGUUUUUAAGACAGACGAGUACCUCUGGGGACGACAAAUCCUUUUUAUUCCUGCGUUCCUUUUUCAAAUGAUCGGGAUAAAUGAAAAUUUUAGGACAUUGCUCGAUUUUGUUUUUUUUUUAUUUCUGGCAUGAGUGGGUCCUAAAUUUUAUUUUGGCAGAAAAAGAAAAUCAGAAAGUGCUUUUUAACCCUUCUAAAAGGAGUCUUUUCUGAGCUAACCAGCUAAGCUUGGACCUCGCGCUAAAUCUUUAGAGCUGAUUUUCUCUCACUCUAUUUUAGACGCAAAAAUCAAAAUUCUCCGAACUCCAGUCUGGACAGGUUUUAAGCUAUCGCUUUGAAACUUUCAGAUAUGAUGGAUAAUGAUAUAGACUCAAAAAGAAUGUGAGGAAUUUUCCGAUUUCCCUUUGCAACUCAUUUUAUGUCAGUUUCUUUGCGUAAAUCGCGCUCGAGAUUCGACUUUUUAGUUUGAAAUGCAAUAAUUCCGCUAAUACGAGACAUAUGCAAAUUUCCUCAUACCCUUUUUUAGGUCUUUUAUCUGUCAAUCAGACGCAAUAAAAAGGAAGUGAAUAUUUAACAACGCGAAAGGGCUGGAGCUUCAGCAGUAAACUCGAUACCUCUGAGUUCGAAAAACCUUAAUUAAGCGCCUUUUGAAAUUCGAUGAAAUAAAAUCUUUUAUAAGGUAAUUAAGUCUUUUAGUUUUAAUUUAAUAUAUAACUUGCCUUUGUAGCGAAAAUACUCGCGCGACUAGAAUUUUUUUCUGUGGGCACCUCGUUUUCCUUUACCGAGACCUUAAUCCUUUUUUUCAAAUAAUCGGGACGCAUUAGAGAACCGGAAAAAUUUGAACUCUCCCUUAAGUUAUGAAUUGCAGUAGCUAAAACGGCACGAAAACCACCAUAUUGAUUUGUUUUUGAGCCAAGAAGGGAAAAUCGCUUCUGUACGGAAUAUAUUUUCUCCUACCGCCGUUAAUUAUUACGUCGAAUUUAACAUUCGAAACAAUUCUUUUGCACCUCGUUUAAGCAAAAUUUUAAAUUUUGAGUUUUCUACUCAAGAAGCCAAUAAUGGGAAAUAUUCAGCCAAUCACAGAUGGCAAAUUGUUUUCUUGUAAAAAUCCGCUGUUCCGUUUGUUGUCUUAUUAUAUUGCCAGUUCGACGCUUCCUAAGUUCGUCGUCUGACUCAACAGACGAUCUUAACUAAUAAUUUAGGUCUAAAAAAAUUAGAGUUUGGUUGGUCUCAUAAAAAGUUCGACGUUUGGCCUUAGGCUUAUAUUUUAGCUCCUUGCUUAGAUCCUGGAAGUCCAACCAAUGGGAAAAUAUUCGGAGAUGAUUUUAGACAUAGUCAAUCAGUCAGAUAUAGAUGCAAUACCGGUUUUGAACUUGAACGCGAUCAACCUCUAAAAUGUUCCGAUGGACAAUGGAUUGGAAAUAAACCGCGGUGUAAAGGUAAACACAGUAUUAAGGGUUAUUUAUAUUCGACUGUUUUAUCUUUUUGUUUUUUUUUUAUUUGCCGUGUUUCCUUUAUUUAUCGGUCUGAUGAUUAUAAUCAUUUUCUAAUAGGCCAACAUAUCAAUACACUCGUCACUGUGUGGUGCAUUUUAAGAGAAAUUGCAAGAUCCUUUUUUUGGUUAAACCCCCGCGGUUUGUCCUUAUUAGUUUAAACAUGGUUUUAGUGGCUUUCUAUUAAAAAAAAAAAAAAAAAAAAAAAACAUUGGUUCAACUUCAUCGUUUGUUCUUGAUAAAUGACACCAAACAAUUCACCGAAUUUAAAAUUUCUUCUUUUGUCCUAGUUAUUAGAUGUAAAGACCCAGGAUCUCCGACCAAUGGUAAACAAGUUAAUACCAAAAAUCAUUACAACUAUGAAGAUACUUUGGAAUUUGCUUGUAAUGAUAACUACACGUUAGAAGGAUACCGCCAAAUUAAAUGCAAGAAAACCAAAGACUGGAGCGAAGCUGUUCCUUCUUGCCGAGGUAAUCACACUUACGUUAACUUCUACCAUUUUGUCGAGGCGAUUGUCUUUCUUUUUUUUUUUGACUUGCACUCCUGCGUCUUCACCUUACGAGAAAUGGUUAGUCCUUUAAAGACUUUCAAGACAGGGUCGCAAAAAAAUCCGAGAUCCCUCAAAACGACACAAAAACAACAUAGUUCGGGUUUGCAAUAUUACCAGAUUUACGCUCACAUAAUACGUGUGUCACGAAUUAGUCUUUUUUUUUAAAAAAUAUUAGAUAAAAGGAUGAUACUGUGUUCAAGAAAAUAAAAAAUCAUUUUUGUAUUUUAGCUCCCUGCGUAUAUCCUGGAAUUCCAGGCAACGGAAGCAUGUCUGGAGAUGAUUUUAGACAUGACAGGGCAGUCAGAUAUACAUGUAAGCCAGGUUUUGGACUUGAGGGCGAUCAACUUCUAAAAUGUUCCGAUGGACGAUGGAUUGGAAAUAAACCCCAUUGUAAAGGUAAACACAGUAUAGAGGGUUAAUUAUAUUCGACUGUUUUAUCUUUUUGGUUUUUUCGAUUUGCCGUGUUUCCUGUAUUUAAUGGUGCUGGAGUUAUUAAAUGUUUGGGUGGACAAAGGACAGAAAUGAAGCCUGAGUGAAAAGGUAAAAUUUCUCCGCUGGAAUAAAAGUAUGAAGAGUUGAUACUUCACUGACAUUUGCAUUCAGUAAAAUUGUUUUGUUUUGUCAUUACCACAUCCUUUAUUUGAUUUAUUAGUUCGUUUUCCGUACAAUUUUAAGAUACAAUGCUCGUUGUUUAAGUUACGUUGAAUUCUGUAAAUGAAUUCCCUCUCUGACUGAAGUGAAGGGUAAAUCUCGCCAUUUUGAAUCCUUUUUUAUAUAAAAAAAUAAAAUAUAAUGAAUAAUAAUAACAAUAAUAAUAAUAGUAAUUUAAUGGCAAAAAAACAUACUUUAUUAAACUCUUCUCAAAUUGUAAAUUAAAUACAAAUUCAGCAUAACUAUAGUUAAAAAAGACUUCUUGGUGGUCUGGUGGUUUUCAACGGAGCAAAUGUAAACAACUGUCUAUAAACUAGAAAAUGAACAUUUUUAUGUACAUCCCAAUAAUAAAGUAUCUAUAGCUGUUGAGUCUAGGGAAGUCGUGCUUGACCCUUCUCUAUUUCUCCAUUUCCAUGUUAUCAUUAUUAUUAUUAUUACUAUCUGUUUUAUCACAGUCUUUGCUGGUGUUCUUUUUAUAUAUCAGCCGGGCGCAAACCAUGCACCUAGAGCGUCAGUCACUCAAGUCAAUCAUUCUGUUCAUACACUGAGCACCUUUCUGAGGAUUCGCGCAGAUCCCAGCAUGCACGUCGUUUGAAUCUCUGUCAUAGUAGCUCUCUCGACUGAUACUUUCUUGAUGUUUUCUACCAUACCCUUCUUCACUGUACCAAGCGCACCAACAACCACAGGGAUCACUACGGUUUUCAUAUGCCACAUUCUCUGUAUUUCUAGUUCUAGGUCUUUGUAUUAUUAUUAUUAUUAUUAUUAUUAUUAUUAUUAUUAUUAUUAUUAUUAUCAUAUUACUGUCACAAUCCCCUUACAGGCUAGUACUGAAUUGUCACAUUAAAUGAUCAUAGAUAUUUUCCAUGCAUGAGUCCUAGGGUAUGUAUAAACUGACACAUUGUAUUUAAUUUUUAAGUUUGCCGUAUUGGUAGUGCUCUUGGAAUGAGCAGCAGAAUCAUUCCAGACAGUUUCAUCCAAGCCUCCAGUGAAAGAGAGGGACAUCCUGCUUACCACGCUCGUCUUGGUGGAAAAAGUUUCUGGUGUUCUCAGAAAGAGCAUGUGAACUACCUCACGAUAGACUUUCCACGGAAAUACAAGAUAACAAGCGUUUCGGUUAACGUCAUAGAAACUUACCAAGGAAAACUCUAUCUUUUCACUCAAAUGUUAAAUAAGUGGAGCGACGUCUACGCGCUAGAUAAGGUAAUUAAUGUCGACCAAGACUUAAUCGGUAAACCUGAAUAUGAAGGAUAUAAACCAAGAAAAUGUGAAAGGGGGUGGACAAGGGGGGCACAAGGUCUCGAUGUUCUCACAACUCGUCAAGUGGUCCUCUUGAGUCGUGGUCAGCGGAUAAUUGCAGCAUAUAUUUGACAAAGUAGAUAUAGAUGGUUUUCACAGUGACGUCAUCAAAUGAUAAAGUCAAAAUAGCGAACUUUUACGAAUUCUUAUUUCACUACGUUGAAGAUAAACAAAAAGUAAAUCUCUGUACAAGUUUCCAUUCCCGUAACAUGUUUCAUUUCGAAAAUACAGCAAUUUGAACUUGCGAGUUUUCACAGUGAGUGAUACCAAAAUAGGAAUGCUGUCUCCUUGGAAAAGUCUCUCGUCUUGAUUUUCAGCAGUAUAACCAUUGCAAGUGUAAGAAGAUAUGUUUAUGCGUACGUAUGCUAGUUCUCGAGUGAAAGGAAAGAGCUUUUAUAGAAAAAAUGAACUCCAGAUGUUUUUGUUGAUUUCCGGCGGCCAUAUUGGUGCACCAAAACGGGAUAGCAAUAUGAACUAAUAUGGCGUCUGCAUACAAAGCUCUACAAAGGUGCGUGAAACGUUUCGGCGUGAGACUUUGGGCCACAAAGGCCUGAGAGAUGGACUUGGCUUCUUCCACUGGACGGUUUCCAAUUUAUUUUUUUUUUUGCGUGACAGUAGUGAAAACGAUCUAUUGUAGAAGCGAGAGGCAAACUAACAGCAGAAUUAAAUCAACAAUUGCAAAAAAAUAUCUUGCCUUUUUUGUUUUUGCUUUUUGUUUUUUGUUUUCUGAAAUUGUAAGAAAAAUCAAAACGCAGGCAACGGUCACUGUAACCAUGUAACUUCUUAACCGACAGCAACGCACGCUGAUUUGGUGGUUAAAAUCAGAUCGAUAAGUGUCUUUGUUUGAGGUGUGAACGGAGUCGAUGAUAUUUUGCAUAUCCAAACUGCUCAAACAAGUUGAGUUAUUGUCUGCUUGAUUUUGAAGGGGGUUUAAUAGAUCAAAUUCAGUCUAUUCGUGCUGCUUUUGAAGUGAAUUGUGUAUGAUACUUGCAUUCCUUCCCCAUCCCAAGCAAAAUAUAGCACAUUUUAUUUAGUUUAAGAUUGCAGAUUCAAGAUGGCGGAUAGUUCCAGUUCCUUCUUUAAUUCAAAAUUACGUCAUGAAGCCACUGCUGUUGUUAAAACUAUUAUCAAUAUGUUAGUCAACUUAACUUUAUGAUUUUAUCAGACACCUUACUAUUUAAGUUUUUUCGCUUUAUGGUUACUGUAGGUGGAACAUUGAUGAAAUUUGGAUUCUGCCAAUAAAUUCGUCAAUAUCAGCAAUGUCAACCAAGUCAUACAGAGAACGAAUCCCACCGAAAUCAAGAAACGUUUUUUCAUUUAGCAAAUUUAUUUAUUUUUCCAACAGCUCAAGAAAGGUUUUCGUAACAUCGCGCCGUCAGAACCAUUUAUUGGAAAGAACGUAAAAAUCCAAGUGUUAUAUAGUGGGAGAAAAAUAGGAGGUUCAACUUCUGUUUGUCUUAGAGCAGAAGUCUAUGGCUGCGAAAUUCCUCAGGGUAAGACUUUUUGCCUUUCUAAUUUCAAUAGAGAGGAAAUGUGUGACUUCCUCUUACCAUGGUAGCAAAAUGUCUGAAUUUUGUCUUUCUUGACGGAGAAAGCCAUUUGCAUCAUCAAUCGAUGGAAGAAUAGUAUGGGCUAUCGUUUUGUUUCUGAGUGCAAUCAUGCAGUCACAGGAAAGCUGUCAUACGUGUUCAUUUUUUUGCUUACCAUAUUUGCAGGACCACGGUUUGUUGAGAUCCAAAAAUUGUGCUUCCAUGGCAUCGUGAAGUAACGACUGUAGGAACAAAUCCACUGUAAACGGACGUUUAACACUUUUAUUCGGACAAACCAUUCAAUCUGUACAGAACAAGGAUGUGCACGUUGUUCAGAUUAAACCAAAGGCAAUGAAAAGCGUCUUUACUUCGGGUGAAAUCGCUCCACACGAACACAUCGAGUAACUUCGAACAAAAAACAGCUUAUCACAUGACCUAACAGGCAGGAAGAAAAAAAAAGAGAAUCCUGCCGCAAAAACGAUUUCCACUGUCUUAUCUACUAUACACCUUAUUGAAACCUUUUACAUACUUACUGUUCUUUGAAGCCUUAUCUACGCCCAAUACCUUGGUCGAGUGACUUAAAAAAUAACAAGAAAGACUAAGUAAACAUUUUAACCGCGAACGGAUGUAAAAUCAUAGAGCUCUUGGAGAAACUCAUUUAUAUAUGAGAAAUGUGAUUAAGUAUAAGUAGAAAUAUUUAUGAACUAAAAAGCAAAGGAAUGCCUCUGACACUUUCCCUAGCUUAUCGCAAAUGCUCGAAUAAGCCCCCAAUUACAAUGACCCCCUCCAUAAAUGAACACCCCCUUUAACAUAAAAACAUCGAAUAAGAGCCCUCCACACCCCACCCUGUCUUACCGAUUAUAUGGACUGCACUGUACGUAUCUUUUAAUCGAGUAUAGCUAACGUAAGCUUAUAAGUUAGCUAAUUAAUAAUUUGAGGCCAACCCAAUGUCGGAUGUUAAAAACGCAGCUCCUCGGACAAUAGUGGUGGGCUUCAUCAUAACGACAUAUGUAGAUGUCGAUCAUUUACGAAACUUUUGUGUAUAAUAUUCUCCCGCCCUUUUUUUUCUAAAAUCAUAACAGGCUACAAGCUUUCUCCUCUUCUCUUCGUCCCUACUAGAGACCCUUAUGUUGACAGGCUAAAAUUAGAACACUUCCCGGUUUUUCCUACCAAAUGCAACUUUUGUUAAUGCCAUUCUUGGAUAGGAUGCAGAGACUAAACUCUUCCAGAUAAAUUUUGAGUUAUUGGGUUCAAACCAAACACGUCGUUGAAUAUAAUUUCUACUUGUUUUGUUUGUAGGUUGCCUGUUAAUCGGCUCGGCAGUUAUUGUAAAGGCUAAUGGCAGGUAUUUAAAAACGCGCGUAAGGAAGGUUUACAGAUCAAGCAACCGAUUUAGAGCAAUUGGUUACAUGGGAAUACUUAGCACAAGAGACGCAGUUCUGGAUGAGACCCCAGAUCCUGCCAAACUUACACCGAAUACGUUGGUCCUGGUAAAAAAUAUUGGCUCAGGUUCUUUUCAGAAGGGAAUUAUUGAGCGGAAGGAUGGAACAAAGUAUUUGAUAAAAACUAAAGGCGUUAUCUGGGCAAGUGAUUUAAAUGAUGUUCGUCUGGACAAGUCACCUGAAUUUUGCCUUCUUUGAGCCAAAUGCAUCAAGAGCUUGUUAGCAAAUUCAAACAUUGAAAGGCUUUAUAGGUUAGAAGGAGUGCAGUAAUGUUAUUUAGUUAACUGAAUUUAAGGUAUUGCUGUUUGUUGAUCAAAUAAACUUAGAUUACUUCUGAGCCAUAUGUUGGUCAUGGGGAUACUAAUAACGUGGCUUUGACUUGUGCCGGGGUACAAGUGCGUUUCUAGAGAAAAGGAUAAUUGAAAGCGCAGUGUAUUCUCAAAAAAAUGUUCAUGUCUUUUUCCCUGCUAUUCAAUAUUAGGGAAUUACAAGCUUGGGGGUUAAUAAGUUAUUUGAAUAUGAAUUUUCCGUCAGCCGUUUUAAUUUGUAAAAAAAAUCAGUUAGGCAAAAACAUUCCUGCUUAUAACAAAUAUAGCGCUAUUCCUUUGCAAAUAUCCAGUUCAGUUUAACAAACGGUUCAAAACCGACAAGAAAUAUUGAAAACAUAAAUAUAAAUAAUAAACUUGGCAAC